AUGGCUCCAGGUCCGGAUGCCAAGGGCCUGGACCUGGGAACCGAUGAAGCCACCAUCAUCGAGAUCUUAGCCAGCAGGACUUCGGAACAGCGGCAACAAAUCAAGCACAAGUACAAGGCCACGUACAGCAAGGAGUUGGAGGAAGUGCUCAAGAGCGAGCUGAGCGGGAACUUUGAGAAGGCGGCCUUGGCCCUUCUGGACCGGCCCAGUGAGUUCGCCGCCCGGCAGCUGCAGAAGGCCAUGAAGGGGCUGGGCACGGACGAGGCAGUGCUCAUUGAGAUCCUGUGCACGUGCUCCAAUAAGGAAAUCACCGCCAUUAAGGAGGCCUACCAAAGGUUAUUUGACAGGAGCCUGGAGUCUGAUGUCAAAGACGACACCAGCGGAAACCUAAGGAAAAUCCUGGUGGCUCUGCUACAGGCUAACCGUGAUGAGGGAGAUGACAUCGACAAAGAUCUAGCUGGCCAGGAUGCCAAAGACCUGUAUGAUGCAGGGGAAGGCCGCUGGGGCACCGACGAGCUUGCCUUCAAUGAAGUCCUGGCCAGGAGGAGCUUCAAGCAGCUGCGAGCCACCUUUCAAGCCUACCAGGUUCUCAUCGGCAAAGACAUCGAAGAGGCCAUAGAAGAAGAAACAUCAGGGGACAUGAAGAAAGCCUACUUAACACUUGUGAGGUGUGCCCGGGACCGUGAGGGGUACUUUGCCGAGCGUCUGUACAAGGCCAUGAAGGGUGUGGGCACCGACGAAGAGACACUAAUCCAGAUCAUAGUGACCAGGGCUGAGAUUGACCUCCGGGGGAUCAGAGCAAAGUUUCUAGAGAAGUACCAGAAGUCUCUGACUGACAUGGUUCGUUCUGAUACCUCGGGGGACUUCCAGAAACUCCUCGUGGCCCUCUUGCACUGAGGCCAACCAGAGAAGAGGAACCUUCUUGGUCAAGAGUACUUUCCAAACCAGACUUGCAAGUGGGACUCCAAGACAAAAGGCCUUCAAGAUCUCUGGUUUAUUUUCCUGACAGUUUGACCAGUGGCCAGGCCAAGCUGUCAGAGUUAGAGGCACCAUCCUCAAGAUGCUUCGAGAAGAGCUUGCUGGCUUAGCCAGUCUCGGGGCUGUCCCUCGUCUCUCCUUUCAUGUGGUAACGGAAUGUUUUCUAACACAAAUGAAACCCAAAUGGAAUCAGAAGUUGAUUUACGAAGUAUGCAUGUGCAGUAAUUUUUUUAAAAUAUGCAUCUCAUAGAAAUAUACAUGUUCUGGAUAAAGAUUGAAUGGUCGAGUCACAGGGAAGACAAAUAAAUCAGUUCAUUAAUUUUC